UGUUGUUUAUGUGUUCUGUGAUGCCGUAUGAAACCAUGAAAAUAUGUUGCAUUGUUUUGACUUCAGAGUAAUGUCAAGCAUAACUGAAAUAAUAUUGAACACACUCUAUAUUUUCCUGUCAUUUUCUGGCAUCGAAGCGAAAGAUAACAUCGUUUUUAUAAUUGUGGACGACUUGCGCCCCGCGCUUGGGUGCUACGGAGAUACCAUGGCACACACUCCAAACAUUGAUGCGUUAGCAGAAAGUAGCAUAUACUUUAACAAUGCUUACGUGCAGCAAGCUUUGUGUGCACCCAGUCGGAACUCAUUCUUGACAAGCAGACGUCCAGACACACUUCACUUGUAUGAUUUCUACAGCUACUGGCGUGAAGUUGCUGGAAAUUUUACAACUCUCCCUCAGUAUUUCAAAGAGAAUGGCUACCACACUAAGGCAAUUGGAAAGAUUUUCCAUCCAGGUAUUUCAUCUAAUUGGAGCGAUGAUCAGCCAUACAGUUGGUCCGAGGCCCCCUAUCAUCCGCCCACUCAACACUACAAGGAGGCGAGUGUUUGUCCUCAAGCAGAUGGUACUUUUGGCCGAAAUUUGGUUUGUCCAGUGGAAGUCAGGUUCCAGCCUGGUCACUCGCUGCCUGACUUGCAGUCUCUGGAUGAAGCAACAAAAUUUCUUCAGGCUCAGUCAAGUGCCACUUUGUCACCAUUCUUCUUGGCUGUUGGUUUCCACAAGCCACAUGUGCCUCUCAAAUAUCCUGUAAAAUACCGUGAACUUCACCCAUUGGAAUCUAUCCAUUUGCCAUCAGCACACUGGCGACCAUCUGCCUUGCCGACAGUAGCAUGGAAUCCCUGGACUGAUCUGAGAGAGAGGGAAGAUGUGGCAGCCCUCAAUGUGUCUUUUCCAUUUGGCCCAAUGCCUGAUGAUUAUGCUCGACUGGUGAUACAAAGUUAUUAUGCAGCAGUGUCUUAUAUUGAUGAUUUAGUGGGCCAGUUACUCUCAGAACUGAGAGCAGUGGGUCUUUUCAACAGCACAAUUGUACUUCUGAUUGGUGAUCAUGGAUGGUCAAUGGCUGAACAUGGAGAAUGGUCCAAGUACAGUAACUUUGAGGUCUCUGUGAGGGUCCCUUUCAUCCUCCAUGUGCCAGGGCUGACUGACUCCAUCAGAUUCCAACGCAAGGAGUAUCUGUCCAGCAGUGCACUCGUGGAAUUGGUGGAUAUAUUUCCCACUCUGGUUGAGUUGACAGGCUUACCAGUUGUUCCGCCACUCUGUCCAGUUAAUUCUAGCCUUGUGCAACUCUGCACAGAGGGAAUCAGUAUAGGUCCUGUUGUAGAAGAUGCUGUCUUCAGGAAGGUUCAAGGAACUGAAGCAAGAAAUCGACAUCUUGAACAGAAAUGGAAGACAGGAGUUUUCAGUCAGUAUCCACGUCCUGGGUUGUUCCCAACAUUAAAACCAAACAGUGACAAACCUCGCCUGAAGCAGAUUAAAGUAAUGGGGUACUCAUUACGAACUUCAAGACACCGCUACACAGAGUGGGUCCUAUUUGACAGAAAGAACUUUAAGCCAGACUGGAAAUAUGUUAUAUCCCGAGAACUCUAUGACCACCAGGUGGACCCAGAAGAGAACAUGAACAUUGCUGACAGGAGUGUCAUGUCAGAAACAGUACGGGCACUCAGUAUGCAGCUGCGGGCUGGCUGGAGGUACAGUCUUCCCAAAGACAUGUUAAGAAGGAAUUAUUCAUCAAAGUAUUAUAAUGAUGGGAUGCUUCUACAAGGUGGUUAGUGACAGACAUUAGUGAGGUGUGAACAGAAUUGUUAUGAACAAAUAUUAAAAAUUUUUAGUGGUCAAUUUAAUUAAUAACUGUGUUAUUCAGCAAGUGAUUGAGUGCUUCCUGUAGUUACAGUCAGUACAGUCUGUGUUAAGAUUUACGGUGUAAAUUUUUCUCUCCAAGUCAAUCAUGAAACCUGGUCAGCAACAUGCUAAAAGAGUUCACGUCUGUUUCUUGUUCCUAUUUAAACAAAAACCAGCUGGAUUGGUGGAAAGACAUAUGACUGCUGUUAGAAGAAAACUGGUCAUGGAAGAAAAUGUGAAUACUUCUAAACACUGAGGCCACAAUUGAGAGUUUACAGAAAAAUGACACAGAUCAGAGAGUUAUCAGCUUCUCAUUGCUGGGACCUGGGUUAAAUCCUGAGACAGUUGCUACGGUGUUUGUGAUGGAUAAAAUGAUACUGGAGUAGAUACAUAGUUUUCUCAUUUGGUUCUUAUGAAUUAUGAUUCACACUCAUUUAUGACAGACCAUGAGGUGACAUUACCAGUCAACACAUUACCAUCUCUGACCAGAGACUUGGCUGGAUUUAGAUUAAAGACGUUGAUCAAGUGACAUUUUAAAAUGAUGUUAUGGAACAUCAAGAACAGACUCAAUAAAGGUUAAAGGUAACAAUCCUUCAUGCCAGCUUGUAUUUCUCUUUGAACAGUAAGCCGAGUAUAUACACAAUGAUUCAAAACAAUGCAUAGUUGUACAGUAAUGUGUAAGCUUACAUUAUUCUGAAUACCACAGAGUGACAAUGAUAUUAUCUGUAAAAUAAAUAAGGGACCUCAA